CAGACGCCCUCUGCAGUGGUGCUGCUGGCUUUCCCUGACUGCUUGCUGCAAACCUAGACAGAUGAGGGGUAUUGAUUUUUCUUGCCUGCUCUCAGGGGGUUGCGCUGAUUGUUCAAAGAAGCGAGCUCAGCUUCAGAGGAGGGAUCUGAAUGAAUGGCUGUUUUUCAUAAGAGCCCAGUGGCAGUGAUGCAUGUCAGAAAUGUAGUGUGACAUCCCUCUUCUAUUCUUACAGUCAGGCUGCAGAACGGGAAACCCACCGUUGUUAAGGAGUAUAUGAUACCAGCUUAACAUCAGCUGGCGGGGCUACAAUUCCUGCACUGCUGUUCUUUUCCAGCAGAUUCUUCCACCUGCCACUAUAGUCAGCCAUCAUGACAGAUGCUGUAUUUGGAAAUAGCUCAGAUCGCUGGGUCUGUCCCAAUGACAGACAGCUGGGCCUCCGAUCCAAUGAAAAGGAACAGCUUGGUGCUGGCUGGUCAGUGCACAGAAACCAAACAGAUCAUCAGAGAAAACAUGAAGAACUAACCGAUGAGGAAAAAGAAAUUAUUAACAGAGUCAUUGCACGGGCUGAAAAAAUGGAAGAAAUGGAGCAAGAACGAAUCGGCCGACUUGUUGAUCGUUUGGAAGAUAUGAGAAAGACUGCACAGGGUGAUGGAUUAACACGAUGUGUCUUGUGUGGAGAACAACUUGGCUUGAUGGGCUCCUCUGCUGUUGUUUGUGAAGACUGCAAAAAGAACGUUUGCAGAAAAUGUGGUACUGAGACACCUGACACCCGCCUUCGUUCAGUCUGGCUCUGCAAGAUUUGCAGUGAACAAAGAGAGGUAUGGAAGCGUUCUGGUGCUUGGUUUUUCAAAGGUCUACCAAAGAAAGUUUUGCCACCGCCAAUUCCUGUCACGUCUCAAGAACAGCCUAUGACUAGCAAACCAGCUCCAGCAAAACCUCCAUCACAAGAGCAAAGAUCUUAUUCUAGAAUGCAAAGCAAAGGGCAAAUGGAGCCACCUCCUCAAGCAGACCCAGACUCCUACGUUAAACCUCGAGACACCAGUCAUGAGCCUGAGCGAGGCUACAGUUCUGAAGAAGAGAACACAACUGCUUACAAAAGCAGGAAAGUGACAAGGCAGAGAUCAGAGCCUGUGAAUGAAACAGCAGGUGUUCCAUCUACUCGGGGAGGAUAUCCAUCUCCUGCUCGUAAGCCUUCUGAACCUCGAAUGGCACAAAGUAUAAAUGAUUAUGCAGGAGGGGAGCCAGAAACUCGAGACUCAUACUAUGGCAACAUGGACAGUGAAGUCAGUCGAAGCCCUGCAGUUGCCAAGAGAGCAAACCCAGUACAGGCGCACAGGCCUCCUGUUUCAAGCCAAGGACCUUCUGCUCCAACAGGAUCUCCUGCAGGAGGAAGGCCAUCAGGUAUUUCUUCGGGAAGAAUGCCUGAACAAAGGCAAGUGAACCAACCCACAGUUCCAGCUCCAGCAGAUGCAGGUUAUACCACACCAGCAGCAAAAGAUGAAAGGGGAGGUGGUUACUCACCACCAGUGGCCAGUAGGGAAGAGCGAAGUAUGCGUCAGCCAGCACCCUACUCAUCAGUAAGUGGUCCACCUGCUCCUCCUCCUUCAUCCAUGAGGCAGCAGCAACAACAGCAACCCCAGGAUGAUGAAGACGAAGAGGCAAACAGCUAUGACUCUGAUGAAUCAACCACACUAGGAUCUUUGGAAUUCAGUUUAUUUCAUGACCAGGAGAACAGCUCUUUGCACUGCACCAUAAUGAGAGCAAAGGGUCUAAAACCAAUGGACUCCAAUGGUUUAGCAGAUCCAUAUGUCAAACUACAUCUCCUGCCUGGAGCUAGUAAGUCAUACAAAUUACGCACAAAGACCCUGCGAAACACAAGAAACCCAAUCUGGAAUGAAACACUUACCUACCAUGGUAUUACAGAUGAUGAUAUGCAGAGAAAAACACUCAGGAUCUCUGUUUGUGAUGAAGAUAAAUUCGGCCACAAUGAAUUUAUUGGGGAAACUCGAGUUUCUCUAAAAAAGCUUAAACCAAAUCAGAAGAAGAAUUUCAGUAUCUGUUUGGAGAGAGCCAUCCCUAUGAAACGUACAGGGACUUCAGGAUCAUCUCGUGGCAUGGCAUUGUAUGAAGAUGAAACAGAGCGUGGCAGUGAAACAGAAGAACGAGGAAGAAUACUUGUGUCCCUGUUAUACAGUACUCAGCAGGGAGGCCUUAUUGUAGGAAUCGUACGUUGUGUCCAUUUGGCAGCUAUGGAUGCCAAUGGAUAUUCAGACCCUUUUGUUAAAAUCUGGCUUAAACCUGACAUGGGGAAGAAAGCCAAAUUUAAGACACAGAUUAAGAAAAAAACUUUGAAUCCAGAGUUCAAUGAGGAAUUUUUCUAUGAGAUAAAACACAAUGAACUGGCAAAGAAAAUACUAGAUAUCUCAGUCUGGGAUUAUGAUAUUGGUAAAUCCAAUGAUUAUAUUGGUGGCUGUCAGCUGGGUAUCAAUGCCAAAGGAGAGCGGUUGAAACACUGGUAUGAAUGCCUGAAGAACAAAGAUAAAAAAAUUGAACGCUGGCACACUCUUGUGAAUGAAAAUCAUGUUCCAAGUGACUAAAAUAUGUGCAUGUCUUAAAAAAUGCCACAUUCUCUAGUUUUUAGUGUCACAUUUGCUUUUGGACAUUUACUUUUUUGUGACAAUUCCCUUUGCCUAACAAAUCAAUUUUGCCCUCAUUAAAAAAAUGUACUUAUUCUGUUACUAUAAAUAAACAUGUGGCUUUUCUCUGCUACUAUAAACCAACAGGCAGCUUUUCUCUAUUACUAUAUACCAACAGGUGGCUUUUCUUAAGAUCAAACAUGCUCAUUUUUAAAAGCAGCUAUGAGGUUUUAUGUUAAAGUAGUCAUGCUUAUUUUUGCUACUGCAGAGGAUGCCUUCUGUUUAGUUUAUUUACUUUACAAUCAUAUGUUAAACAAGAGGGCAUGGUGCAUUUCAUUAUCACAGAAUUCUUAGAAUUCGUAAGAAUUCAUACCAAGUUUACAUAUGCAUACAUGUAACUCAAAGCCCUCUAUCUUAUCUAUUUCUAACCAAGCAGCUAUUUCAUAUUCAUGGCAAACAGACUGUUCACAACUAUAUUGUCUUAUUUUCCCUUUAUUUAUUGAUUAAUUGAUUGAUUGCUUGAUUGAUUGAUUUAUCCCUUGCUGACAUUGUUAGUCCCACUAGGCUAGCAGCCUCUUUUCAGGAGAGACCUGCGGGGGUAUUUAUACUACUACUUUCCGAAAUGAUUAAAAAGAGAGCAGCACUGAAGCAGAAAUUAAUGCCACAAGGUAGAAAAAUCAUUUUGAAAUUUGACUCUGUUUUUUCUCAGAUAUAGCCCAUCAAGUAACAUCACUGAAUGUUUUUAACCACAGCAUUAUACCACCUUUAAAUUGCAUUCUGUCAUUAAUUCAGUUUUUCUGCAUGUGCUGACAAAAAGGGGUAUUCAAGGUUAUGUUAGAGCCCUACCUUGGAAUCCUAAAGUGGUAUGUACAAAUUAAGGAAAACAGUAACAGAACUAACAAUAUAAAGAACUACAGCAAUAGAUUAACUGGAGUGCAUCUGUUAACACCAGGCUUGUAGAAAAAAUACUACAUAAAUUCAGUGAUGUCCAGCGUUGUGUAAAUAAAGAUAUGGUAGUGAAUGAUAAUAAGGGAUAAGAAUAACACAGUCUCCUGCACUGCUGUGAACAGUUAGAAGAAAAAAACACUGUAGGCUGACUUUCUGAUGGAGAAGGUCUGUUACUCUGAAUUUAUCCAGUGGUCAAGGUUUGUCUCCAGGCUCUCUUUGUGCAGCUAUAGCUGUUACUAGGGUUGUUUGAGAGGUAUGAGAGGGGUCAAUUCUCUGUGGCAGGCAAUUGUGACAGGCUAAAAAAGUCUAUAGAUGUAUAUUCAUAACUGCUACAUUGUACAGAUAUAUGGAGCAAAGGAGGAAGACAUCAUCUUUGAGUUGUAGAGGGUUUUAGUGCAAAAAGAUGAUCUCUUUGCAUCCAAACAAAUAGUCACAGUACUUCUUCCUGAAGAAAGAUCCUGGAACUCAGAAGGUACAGAUUAGUGAAGUACAUUAGCUUAUACAGAGAUGGCUGGCCUGCACAUAAUAUCAAACUAUACUUCAGAAAGAAGGCUCUGAACUGAAACUUUAUUAAUAACUAGUGGAUCCACUGUACUGCUCUAAGCCAAAAUGUAGCAACCUUUCAUUUCUGGGUAAACUGAUGAUAUAAUAUCACAAUAUCAGACUUAAAGUAUGUCCUACAGAACAGUAACCAUAUAGCUGGGUAAGUGUAUUUUAUUCUAAGAAAUGUUGAAUUGUGGAAGGUAAUAGUGAUAUUUAAUGUAAAUAUAUGGGGCACCUACAGUAAAAGACCCAAAUUGCUAACAGGGCACUAUAUCUACAGAACAUGAAAUGUUUAUUGAAAGUCUUGGCAUGCUAUUCUGGGCCACAGCACUGUCUGAAAUGUAUCUUGGAGUUCUCUGAUAAAAUGCUCAAUAUUUUUUUUGAUACACACUUGGCCAUUUGUGGUUGUACUUUGACACGUGGACUCCUCGCACCUAAGUACACCAGUUUCUUAAUCAUUCAUUUUUUGUGCUGUUAGCAGGGCAAUAUAAAAUAACCUGCUAUAACUGUUUGGUAUCUUUGUUCUAUCCCAUUUUCUCUUCUCAGUUCUUUUGGUAUUUCAGCCCUCAUGUUAAUAUUGUUUCCUAGUUAUUUGCAGAGAUAGAAAUGCCUGCAUAAACGUAUUUUGAUUCUUAAACCAUACAUUUUACUUCUGCAGAAGGGACAUUAAAAUCAAACUGCUGUUAUUUAUGCAAGCAAUAUAACAAUUAAGAUUAGGUAUCUCAUUAUGAUCAACAUGCUAUUGACUUUGAGACAUGGAUGUAAAGAAAUUCCCCUGAAGAGCAGAAAGAGACAAAGUUAGAGCGGUGACUUGACAUCCAUGUCAAGAAAUCAUAACAAGUGAAUUAUGAUCAGAAAGACCUGAUCAUGAUGCUUUGUAAUGCAUGGUGUUUUAUCUAAUCCAUGUAUUACCAGAAAAAAAUUUAGGAGCACAGAGUGUUUUACAGCUUUAAAAGCUGUAAAACAGCACUAUCAUACAGGCCACAGACAGAAAAUGUCCCUCUGAUGAGAGAAUGGCUUUCAAAGCUCUUUGAUGCUUCAUUAUGAUACAGUUUUACAUGACAGUAAAACAUAUUACAGCUUUUAAAAGCUGAUUUAGGCUGUGUACAUUGUCACUGUAGAAGACGGAAAUGACUUAUAAGAUAACAACCAACUGAGCUUCUCACCACUGCUCUGCAAUGGCUGGCACUGUUCAGUGAUGUCCUCUAGCUUUUGACUAAACUUUUACAGCGCUGAAGGAUGCUUAACAAAACUUUGCUGUGCACCUUUCUUAUAUAAGAAAUACAUGUUAUGUAAGAAAUACAUUUAAAAAAUGUCCUUUUCCUGAAUUCAGAGCAUAUACACAUCACUCAAUGCAUUACAAUGUUCUUGACUAAAUUAUUGAUAAACAAUGCAUCAUUUUAGUCCUUUUUCUGAUGUACUCACUGACUGAUAACUUUGUUUUUUUUUUUUUUUACUUUUAAGUAAUAUGUAGUAAAAUGACAACUGAAGAACACAUGAAUGCAAUACUUUAACUGUUUAUUAAUGUUGUAUUUUGUUAGCUAGGAUGCCCAUUGAAACACAAUGCCUUUUUGCAGAACAGCCUAAGAGCACAGUUAAGUUAAAUGAGCUAAAUUAUGUCAUACAGUAGGUAGAUGGAAUUCAUUCUGAGACUUACAGUUUCACCUGCUCAUAUCUUAAUGAUUAUAUUAAGCUACUUUAUAUUAUCAGUAAUUAUGCAGUAAACUUCACUUGGAGUUUAUUCUUAGUACCAACCUUCUUAAUUAACAACUAGGUAAUUCAUCUCAAAUAAAAUAUUAGUUUUAAACAUCAGAAUUAUACAGCACUAUUCCACACUUUAUGGUUAUGUCUUGGGAUUGUGUUACCUGUGUUAAAUACUUCUAAUCUACUGGCUAUUUUAUUUAGUUUGGCUCAUUAAGAGGGAAGGUUACAGCAAACAGAAUACAGAAAGUGUUGAUGAAGCUGACACAUAGAAGUUAGGAAGUGCAUGUAGGCAGACUGUUAAGCCUACUGUUAUUACAACAAUGACUUUUCGUGUUGUUGUGAUGAAACUUUACAGUCUCUUUGACUGGCAUUUGAAAAAAAAACUGAGAACAAUUAGCUUUUAGCUCCUUUUCAGGUCUACAGCUAAAUUAUGACAAUUCCAUAGUAGCAAAAAGUCACUACCUUUGCAGGAGAAUGCUUCAAGAACCCACAUUUCUUCUGCUCUCACCCUUCUGAUUGCUUCACUGACUUAUUCUUCUGUUUAGCAAACCCUAAUUUUUGGCUUGGUCUUAUUCACAAGUAAAUAUUAAUUGCAGGUUUAUGCUUGUAUGUGUCAUGAACUAGAAACUAAUUUUGCAAUUAGUAGCCCUGAGUAAGUUCAUUAAACAGACUUAGGUUCAUAGGUUCAUACUAGGCUAUCUGCCCUAGGGCAUUUACAAGCCUAGCCAGAGUGUGUUUGGCUUUCGCCACCCAUUUUAAAAUGAAUUUUGCUAUGCCCUUUUCGAGGUUAGUAUACUGUGCUGAUAAGGCUUUUUGGUGGAUCAGUUCUGCCAGUCAUAAAACUGUAUUAUCAUGAAGAAACCAAAGCAACUUCAAGCAUUCCAAAAGAUAUUCAACGUUGUCUCCAUUACUUGUCCAGUGACAAAAUCUAAAUCUAAACCAGCUGCAAAAGAAAUAUUAAAUAUUGUGGGAACAAUACA